GUCUCUUGAAGUUGUAUCGUGACCAUCAAUCAUAACCGAUGUUCGAUCAUACCCACUGGUUUCAAUGUCCAUUUCCUGCUCUUCGUUAUCGUGCAACAUAUCCUCCAUUUCAACUCGAAAUUGCCCCAUUUCUUCAGCAGUCAUUUCACGAACAAGCUCCACAACUUCAGCCAUUUUGAACUCAGUUGCGUCAUAAGUUAUUUAUUACCAUAGCUAGAGCUAGCUCUAGAUAUAGUACCGGUACCGGUACUCACCUACUUCUUCGGAUACUCGCUCUCCGGUCGGAAAACAACAUUAGUCAUUACAUCGUACUUUACACGCAUUGUCAAUGGAAAUAUCGACCGGAUAUAAUCUAUUGAAACCGGGCAAGCCGAAUAUCUGUACAGACCAGCCAGUGCAUUCAGCUGACACAAUCGAGAAAAGACCUGAGCCUUUGUCAUCAUGACUUUGCUUUCAACCCUCUCAAAGGAUUAUGGUUAUGUGGUGCUAGUAGGAACCGCUAGUACCUUCAUGAUUUCAUUUCUGGCUAUCCAAGUUGGAAGGGCUCGCAAGAAGUAUGGUGUUGAGUAUCCCACUAUGUACAGUGAUUCUGUUCCUGAAUUUAACUGCGUCCAGCGAGCUCAUCAAAAUACAUUGGAAAAUUAUCCUCAAUUCUUGAUGCUGCUGUUUUUCUCUGGGCUUGAACAUCCAAGAGCAGCUGCUGGUCUCGGUGGUCUAUGGGUCUUGAGCAGGUUUAGCUAUGCCUUUGGCUACUACUCAGGAGAUCCUAAGAAGAGGUAUCGUGGUUCUUAUGGCUACAUCGGUUCCAUCGGAAUGAUAGUCUUGACCGUCAGAUCUGCCCUUCGUAUGCUGAAAGUAAUCUGUUAGAUACUUUACUUUCAUUAUACAGUGAACCUCAUUGCAACAUACUGAUUGGUACAAGGGCAGGGCAGCAAUGGAACCCUCCCCCAUGAUUGUUCAUGAAUUCAGAAUUUAAAAACAUCUUGAAAAAUGUAAAUAUGCCUGCUAGAUAUUUUUGUCAGCCUGAUUUUCAGCAUAAGAAAUCAUGUGUGAGAGGUUCAUUAUAUAUUUGAACACUGUACCACCUGAAUUUAUACAGUUAUUAAAUCACGAGUAAUUCAAGCUACCUUUACAGAUUUUAAGCUUUCUUUAUCAGGAUAUGAAGAACUAUUUUAAACAACCAUCAUAUUUACUUCAUUAUGAACCAUAGUUUUGAAAGAUUUUCUUUGCUAAAAAGUUUUUAACUGCAUGCUGCACAGUGUUUCAUUAUCUUUAGAUUAUUUUGUGCAUUGUAUUUUCCUCGGACAUGAAAUAUAAAUGUAUUGCUUAUAGGAACACAUGAUAACAAUUAGAAGGAAUAUAAGUCACUUCAGUGAUGGUAGGCCUAUAUUUCCAGUGUUUUGAAACUUAAGAAUCACCUUGAUAAUGGCAAUAGCUCUCAUCGUAUCAGGGAUGUCAUUUUCUUUUAGGCUAAGUCUGUAUUCAGGUCCUGGAAGAUAAAUUUUAGACCAUCAUUAAGAUACAUUAUAAAGUUUCAAAUACAGAGUUGUAAUCAAGCUAAUUAAACUCAACUAUGGGAGCUGGGUGAUCUUCAGGCCUUUUGAUAAAUUCUUGCUGACCUACUUGAAUGAAUGAAUUAUUCUGGACCCUGUCUUACAAAGAGUUAUGUUGCAAUUAAUCAAUUCAAUCUAAACCAUGGAAUGCCAUCACAGUCAUAGAUCUUCACCCAGGGGUGGAUCAAGGAUUUUUUGAAAGGGGGGCACAUUUUCCCGGCCAAGGAAAAAUUUGACAAGCAAUUAAAAAAAAAGGUUUUCACUUUCGAAAGGGGGGGGGGGGCACACUUCUGUUUUAACAGCAUUUUUACAUUACAAAUUUUAAUUGAGCCUCUCAAAAGGGGGGCACGGGCCGGCUAUGCCCCCCCCCCCUGGAUUCGCCAGUGUCUUCACCUAUGUGGAGUGUACACUGUCCUAUUAAACUUUUAAUCAGCAUGUACUGUAAGUCCAAUUGGAUUCAAUUUUGUAGUUUUUUUACUGUGACUGUUUGCCUAAAUGAUUUAGGUCAAAUCAGUUGACAAAGCAUCACAACAAUUACUCCAAAUAAUGGCAUAAUAAUAUAUCUCGAGGACAUAGGCAUAUAUGUUUGAUGAUGGUACUUCACAACUAUUAAAGGGCCUAGAUUGGUCUCCUUGUGAGAUUUACCAUGAUCUCAAACCUACUUUUUCAUUUUAAACAAAAAUGUCAUCAAAUCUAUCUCAACAAUCUUCUUGCAGAUGAUUUCAAGAAUGUGUGUGAUAGACCUCAAUAAUUGUUGUUUGAAAAGCUCAGGAAUUCCCCGAUUGUGUAUAAUUUUGGAUUACAUUGUGAUUUUGCAGUGGAACUUUAACCCUUUGCACGCUGAUGUUGCAAUUUUGAACAUUCGUACAAUUGAAUUCAACAAUCAUGAUAAUUAGUUUUCUCCCCUAACUUCAUAUUAGACACGCUAAUAAAUGGCAAACAUUCUUGGACAACAUAUAUAUAAUAAUCAUCAGUAUCAAUGGUUCAAAAUGGAAAUAUUGAUACAAAUAAAAUAGCAUGGAAACAAUUGUCAUUAUUAUUCCCCCAAAAUUAAUUUAGCGUGCAAAGAGUAAAGAGAACUAUUUAUAAUGAAAUGUAUGUAGAUAGGCCAUUUGCCUCAGUAUUCUGGGCUAAUCAAAUAAUAUUUUGAACAAGUGGCAUUAGCAAACUGAUGCAAUGAUUAGUUUUUGUUUUGAUAUACAGUAUUUGUUUGCUCAAGGUUCUUCUGGG